AUGGGAAUAAGAAGGCAAGCAGAAAAGAGAGAAGAGGCUGUGGCAUUGGCAAUAGACAAGGAUAGAGGAAGUGAAUAUGCUAUCAAAUGGAUUGCUGAACAUCUUCUCACCAGGCCCGGCCAAUCCCUCACUUUGGUCCAUGUUAAGCAACCAACUGCUGCUCCUGCCCUUCCCAACAUAUCUAAAAGUGGAGAACUGCCGAGGGAGGUUGCCAAGAUGAUCAAAUACCAAGUUGAUGCUGAAGCCAAAGACUUGUUCCUCCCAUUCCGUUGCUUUUGCACCAAAAAGGCUAUUCAUUGGAAUGAAGUCAUACUGGAGAAUGCUGAUAUAUCAAAAGCACUAAUCAACUACGUCACGGCUAAUUCAAUUGAGAUUUUGGUACUUGGUGCACCAUCAAGAAACGCCUUUGGAUUUCUCAGAUUCAAAACUAGAGACAUUCCAAGCGCUGUGUCAAAAGGGGCACCAGACUUUUGCACUGUGUAUGUCAUUGGCAGAGGAAAGAUAACACAUUCGCGACCGGCUACAGGCCGUCUAACCCCAAAGCCUCCCCUGCAUAAUCAAAUACAGCAGCAACCAAGCCAAGUUUAUGGUUCAAAUGAUACACAACACAUGCUGCACAACCUGCAGUCCAGAGGUUUGCUUCCUCUAGUUCUAGCAUCAUGCUGCAUUUUAUUUCCCACCACACAAGUAUGUGAAUCAGAGAUAACACAAUCUUCAACCCGUAGCCAGCUAAACAACAUUAAACUCAAGCCACCAUUAACAAGAGCAAUACCUAUAAGAGACAAAUCAUAUGAGGCCUUGCCAGAGAGUGAUGGGUUGUCGGUGAGCAGUGAAAGGCCAAGCACGGAUCUCAUGUCAAAUUUUCCUAGUAUGGCAUCAAGAAUGACCUAUCAAAGUUCAAUCAGCUCAGAGUUAGACAACAGAAGCUCUACGUCAUCUCACUCCGGAAUCAAGUUUAUUGACAUGAGCUCUGGACGGAAUGAAUUCUCAUCGUCCUCAAUUGAAAGUGGAAGAUCAUGGUCAUCAACGAGCAGGGAUGAAAUGGAGAAUGAGAUGCGGAGGCUCAGGCUAGAGCUCAAGCAAACAAUGGAGAUGUACAGUAUGGCCUGCAAGGAGGCAGUUACAGCAAAACAUAAGGAAAAGGAGCUUCACCAAUGGAAAUUGAAAGGAGAGUGUAGAAUAGAAGAGGCGCGACAAGCUGAGGAAUCUGCAUUUGCACUUGCACAGAAGGAGAAACUAAAAAGUAGGGCAGCCAUAGAGGCAGCAAAAGCAGCUGAAAAGAUUGCACAACUGGAAACAGAAAAAAGGCGGAAAGCAGAAAUGAAAGCUCUUAGAAAAGAUGAAGGGAGGAAGAAAUCACUAGACGGUCUCAGGUACAGGAAAUACACAAUUGAAGAUAUUGAAGCGGCAACAAAUGAAUUUUCCCCAGCUCGCAAGAUUGGGGAAGGAGGCUAUGGUCCAGUAUUCAGAGGUGAACUGGACCAUACGCCGGUGGCAAUAAAAGUUCUGCGUCCAGAUGCAGCCCAAGGACGGUCACAGUUCCAGAAAGAGGUUGAAGUAUUGAGCUGCAUUAGACAUCCAAACAUGGUUCUCCUUGUUGGAGCCUGCCCAGAGUAUGGUUGUCUGGUCUAUGAGUACAUGGCUAAAGGGAGCUUAGAAGACCGUCUCUUCCAGCGAGGCAACACCCCAGUGAUUCCUUGGCAGCUAAGGUUCAGAAUUGCUGCAGAAAUUGGGACUGGACUUUUGUUUCUUCAUCAAACCAAGCCCGAACCAGUUGUGCACCGGGACCUAAAACCUGGCAACAUUUUGCUAGACCACAACUAUGUGAGCAAGAUCAGUGAUGUAGGUUUGGCCAGGCUUGUCCCUGCAUCAGUAGCUAACUGUGUCUCUCAAUACCGCAUAACAUCAAUGGCUGGAACGUUCUGUUACAUCGACCCGGAGUAUCAAACAACCGGCAUGCUUGGAACAAAAUCUGAUAUAUUUUCACUCGGGGUGCUGCUCCUGCAACUAAUAACAGCCAGGCCACCAAUGGGUUUGGCUCACCUUGUUGAGGAGGCCAUUGAGAAUGGGACCUUCACUGAGAUGCUUGACCCUGCAGUUUCUGACUGGCCUGUUGAGGAAGCCUUCAAAUUUGCCAAGCUAGCUUUACAGUGCACUGAAAUGCGGAGAAAAGACAGGCCGGAUCUUGCCAAGGUUGUGCUCCCUGAGCUUAACAGAUUAAGAGAAAUCGCUGAAGAUUGCAUGAAUCCUUUCAUGCUGGGGGGUAAUGGAGCACUCUCACCAAUACAUGUAAGUUGCAUAACAUAAACCUAAGACUUAACUUCAAAUAACAGCACAACAUUCUCUUUUUCUUUUUUGCAUAUUUUCUUGAAGUUUUUUUUUCAUUUUGUUUGUUUGUUUGUUUGUUCUUUCUCAAUUUAGGAUGUGAUGUUUGAUCGCCAUCUUUCGGAAUAUGGAUAUGAUAGCCCAAGGAGCCCUUCAAGCACAUCAUCUUAUGCAGGGAGAUUAUACCGCUAGCUAGAAGCAGACAAUUUCAGUAGAUAGAACAUGUAAAGAUUGAGAAAAGUGCAUUUUUAUAAAGUUUUCUCAAGUCAUAGAUUUUUUGUAUCCUCAGAUCGUAAAACUGACUUCUAUAAACUCCACAGGAAGUUAUAAACUUUUGCCAAAUGGCUUUAAUUGGCUUUUUAGGAAGACAGGAAAAUUAUCAGUUUUUUUUAUUUUUUAUUUAUAUACAAGAGAGAAUCUACUUCAAACUAAUCUAAAUUACUUGAAUCUAAAUUAUAGGAAAGGGGAUUCGACCUUGGUGCAAUAGGGAGCACACAUAUUCUAACCAACUUGCCUAAGCCCAUACAGGAAAUUAUCAGUAUUUAAAAACCCCCACAUUGUAAGGAACUUGCAUAACUGAAGCUCCAAA